AUGUCUGCCCCGCACCGCCAACCCGAGGAGGCUAUCGAUGAGUCCGAGUUCGUCGAGGACCAUCACGAACACCACCAUGACUCCGUUCACCGUCGUCUGCGGGCGAAUUCCACUAUCAUGCACUUCCAGAAGAUCCUGGUAGCCAACCGUGGUGAAAUUCCCAUUCGUAUCUUCCGUACAGCCCACGAGCUGUCCCUGCAGACAGUUGCUGUCUACUCACACGAGGACCGUCUGUCCAUGCAUCGUCAGAAGGCUGACGAGGCCUACAUGAUUGGCCAGCGGGGUCAAUAUACCCCCGUCGGCGCCUACCUGGCUGGUGAGGAGAUCAUUAAGAUCGCCCAGGAGCACGGUGUGCACCUGAUCCACCCUGGCUACGGUUUCUUGUCGGAGAACGCCGAGUUCGCCCGAAAUGUCGAGAAGGCGGGCAUCGUUUUCGUGGGCCCGACCGCUGAGACCAUUGAUGCUCUUGGUGACAAGGUCUCCGCUCGCCGCCUGGCGAUCAAGUGCGGCGUCCCGGUUGUUCCCGGUACGGAAGGACCCGUCGAGCGCUUUGAGGAGGUCAAGGCUUUCACUGAUGAGUAUGGCUUCCCCAUUAUUAUUAAGGCCGCUUUCGGUGGUGGUGGCCGUGGUAUGCGUGUCGUCCGCGACCAGGGCGAGCUCAAAGAUGCCUUUGAGCGUGCCACCUCCGAGGCCCGCUCGGCCUUUGGUAACGGCACCGUCUUCGUCGAGCGCUUCCUCGACAAACCCAAGCACAUUGAGGUCCAGCUUCUUGGUGACAACCAGGGCAACGUGGUCCACCUGUUCGAGCGUGACUGCUCCGUUCAGCGUCGCCACCAGAAGGUCGUUGAGAUUGCUCCGGCCAAGGAUCUGCCCGUCAACGUGCGGGACCAGAUCCUGUCGGACGCCGUGAAGCUGGCCAAGUCCGUCAAGUACCGCAACGCCGGUACUGCUGAGUUCCUGGUGGACCAGCAGAACCGCCACUACUUCAUUGAGAUCAACCCCCGUAUUCAGGUCGAGCACACUAUCACUGAGGAGAUUACUGGUAUCGAUCUCGUCGCUGCCCAGAUCCAGAUUGCUGCUGGUGCUACCCUUGAGCAGCUUGGUCUGACUCAGGACCGCAUCUCCAUCCGUGGCUUUGCCAUUCAGUGUCGUAUCACCACCGAGGACCCCGCUAAGGGCUUCUCCCCCGAUACCGGUAAGAUUGAGGUCUACCGCUCUGCUGGUGGUAACGGUGUUCGUCUCGAUGGUGGUAACGGUUUCGCCGGUGCUAUCAUCACCCCUCACUACGAUUCCAUGCUGGUCAAGUGUACCUGCCGUGGUUCCACCUACGAGAUUGCUCGCCGCAAGGUCCUGCGUGCCUUGGUUGAGUUCCGUAUCCGUGGUGUCAAGACCAACAUUCCUUUCCUUGCUUCUCUGCUGAGCCACCCUACUUUCAUUGAUGGUACCUGCUGGACCACUUUCAUCGAUGAUACCCCCGAGCUGUUCGCCCUGGUCAGCUCUCAGAACCGUGCCCAGAAGCUGCUGGCUUACCUGGGUGAUGUCGCUGUCAACGGCAGCAGCAUCAAGGGCCAGAUUGGUGAGCCCAAGUUAAAGGUCGACAUCAUCAAGCCUAUCCUCCGGGAUGCCACUGGUGCCCCUCUUGAUGUCUCCCGGCCCUGCACCAAGGGUUGGAAGCAGAUUAUUGACAGCGAGGGUCCCGCCGCUUGGGCCAAGGCUGUGCGUGCCAACAAGGGCUGCUUGAUUAUGGACACCACCUGGCGUGAUGCCCACCAGUCCCUCCUGGCCACCCGUGUGCGUACCAUUGAUAUGCUGAACAUCGCUCACGAGACCAGCCACGCUCUCUCCAACGCUUACUCUAUUGAGUGCUGGGGUGGUGCUACCUUCGAUGUCGCCAUGCGUUUCCUCUACGAGGACCCCUGGGACCGUCUGCGCAAGCUCCGCAAGGCUGUUCCCAACAUUCCCUUCCAGAUGCUGCUGCGUGGUGCCAACGGUGUCGCCUACUCCUCCCUUCCCGACAAUGCCAUCUACCACUUCUGUUUGCAGGCCAAGAAGUACGGUGUUGACAUCUUCCGUGUCUUCGAUGCUCUCAACGACGUUGACCAGCUCGAGGUUGGUAUCAAGGCCGUUCAGCAGGCCGGUGGUGUGGUUGAGGCCACCAUCUGUUACUCCGGUGACAUGCUUAACCCCAGCAAGAAGUACAACUUGGAGUACUACUUGGCUCUGGUUGAGCGCAUUGUCCAGAUGGGCACUCACAGUCUUGGUAUCAAGGAUAUGGCUGGUGUUCUCAAGCCCCAGGCUGCCCGUCUCCUGGUUGGUGCCAUUCGCGAGCGCUACCCCGACCUCCCCAUCCACGUUCACACCCACGACUCUGCUGGUACCGGUGUUGCUUCGAUGAUUGCCUGCGCCCAGGCUGGCGCUGAUGCCGUCGAUGCCGCCACUGACAGCUUGUCUGGUAUGACCUCCCAGCCCAGCAUCGGUGCCAUCCUGGCCUCGCUCCAGGGCACCGAGCAGGACCCCCAGCUCGACCUCGGUCACGUUCGUGCCCUCGACACCUACUGGGCUCAGCUCCGUCUGCUCUACUCUCCCUUCGAGGCUGGUCUGACCGGUCCCGACCCUGAGGUCUACGAGCACGAGAUCCCCGGUGGCCAGCUCACCAACCUGAUCUUCCAGGCUAGUCAGCUCGGUCUCGGCCAGCAGUGGGCUGAGACCAAGAAGGCCUACGAGGCCGCCAACGACCUGCUUGGUGACAUCGUUAAGGUUACCCCGACCUCCAAGGUCGUCGGUGACUUGGCCCAGUUCAUGGUGUCCAACAAGCUGAGCGCUGAGGACGUUGUGGAGCGCGCCGGCGAGCUCGACUUCCCCGGUUCCGUCCUUGAGUUCCUUGAGGGUCUCAUGGGCCAGCCCUUCGGUGGCUUCCCCGAGCCUCUCCGCUCCCGAGCCCUGCGCGACCGCCGCAAGCUCGACAAGCGCCCCGGUCUCUACCUUGAGCCCCUGGACCUGGUCCAGAUCAAGAAGGACAUCCGCGAGAAGUUCGGCUCCGCCACCGAGUGUGACGUUGCCUCCUACGCCAUGUACCCCAAGGUGUUCGAGGACUACCGCAAGUUCGUCUCCAAGUAUGGUGACCUUUCCGUCCUGCCUACUCGCUUCUUCCUGGCCCGUCCUGAGAUCGGCGAGGAGUUCCACGUCGAGCUGGAGCAGGGUAAGGUUCUGAUCCUGAAGUUGCUCGCCAUCGGUCCCCUCUCCGAGCAGACCGGUCAGCGUGAGGUCUUCUACGAGGUCAACGGUGAGGUCCGCCAGGUCAGCGUUGAUGACCACAAGGCCUCCGUCGACAACAUUGCCCGCCCCAAGGCCGACGCUGCCGACAGCAGCCAGGUCGGUGCUCCCAUGAGCGGUGUUGUUGUUGAGAUCCGUGUCCACGACGGCCACGAGGUGAAGAAGGGUGACCCCAUUGCGGUGCUGAGCGCCAUGAAGAUGGAAAUGGUCAUCUCCGCCCCUCACAGUGGUAAGGUCGAGAACCUCCAAGUCAAGGAGGGUGACUCCGUUGACGGCCAGGACUUGGUCUGCAGGAUCGGCAAGGCUUAA